AUGGCGAUGAUGGCUGGCCGUGUGCUGCUGGUGUGUGCCCUCUGCGUGCUGUGGUGCGGUGCCGGCGGUAGAUGUGACGAGGAGGGGACAGCAGCUCGUGGGAGUGGUGGUGGACCUCCGCUGGCAUCAAAACAACCUGAAACGCCUCGAGUAGGCUCCCAAGAUGUAAAAAAUGGAGUAACCGUUGCUAAAGAAAAUGUAAUACCCACACCUCCCCUUCCUAUAGAUGGGGAUGCGGAAGUUGAUGAAGAUGAAGAUGAUGACGACGAUGAUAAUGAUAAUGAUGCAGAUGGUGAAGAAGAAGAUAAUGAGACGGGUGAGUCAAAAGAAAAAAGUACUGAAGGGCAGAUUAAUAAAGAAGGAAAAGUUCCACCAGACUCAGAUUCCAGGGAAAAGAAUUUAAUUGGAAGCAGGCAGGAAAAAGGCCAGUCAAUUGUACCUGCAGGGGACAUUUCUCAUUCCAAAAGUCAGGAAUCAAAUGCCAAUUCUACGCAAACGGAAGUUGAAGGAAAGAAGGACGCCGACAAGAGACCACCAUCAGCAGAGAACGUACUCACAACAGUUAACGGAGAGAACACACUGCCUGAGGGCAUUGCGGGAGGAAAUCCUCCAUCGCCUCCAGAAGACAGUGUUGCUUCCCGUGAAAAGGAUGGCGAAGACACCACGAGUGAAGACGAGAAAAAUGUUCCGUCGCCAGAGUCCGCAGCCACACCACAAAGCCACCGAGACGAAGUCUCAGAAGGGACUGGGGAAGAUACAAAAGCAACGACAGUAACCACAAAUACAACUGAUACGACGAAUAAACAAAACAGUGACGGCAGCACCGCGGCAGCUACAGUUGUGCAGCCUGAAGAUGGAGUGGAAAGUGAUCCGGCAAACAAUGAUUUGAGCCCACCAUCCACUGAGGUCGCCGCACAGCUCAGCAUGACUCCUGAUGCUGAAGGCGCAUCAAACAACGAGGAGAAUACUGACACUCAGAUUGCAGGAAAUCCUAAUGUAACAAUCGCUACCGCCACUCAAACAAAUGAUACGGCGAAGCCUACCGACAGUGACGGCAGCACCGUGGCCUCCCACACCACCUCCCCUCUUUUGCUUCUUCUUUUUGUUGCGUGUGCGGCUGCUGCUGCGGUGGUGGCCGCGUGA